CCCUUCCUCCACGCUGCUUCUGCUAAACCUGCCUCUGCUGAGGAGCCCGUGAGAAAUAAGCCAGCCUGUGAUGCCUGGCUGACCCACUCGGACACACAAAUGAAGCGUCUGGAGCCAUGGAAGAUAGCCCUUAUUGUUCUCUCAGUAUUAGCAUUUCUGGCACUUAUCAUUGGUCUGCUUGUGUUUUUUCUGAGCAACGAAGAGAAACACUAUUACGCUGCAAACUUUAAAAUCACUAAUCGCCAGUACCACCCCGACUUUGAAAAACAAACCUCAGACGAAUUUAGACAUCUCAGCGCAGAGAUCGAGAGAUUGAUUACCAGGACAUUUGAAGCCUCCUUUUUAAAGGACAGGUACAUCAGAUCCUAUGUGGUCGGUCUAAGCCCAGACUCUACAGGAGUGGUGGCACAGGUUGUGUUGAUGUUUGAGUUCGUCUCAGCUGAUAGCCAGACAGGAAAACAGGAGCGAGUCAACAAGGUUCUGCUUAAGCAGAUGAAGACAUACACUGGGUCCUUGGAAAUUGAUCCGUCUAGUUUCAAACUCACAAGAGUCAAAAGGGAAAGUGGUGAAAACCUUCUCAACAACUGCUGCGGGACACGAACGCAGAUGGUGUCAUCUGUGGGAGUAGCGAGAAUAACAGGGGGCCGGCUUGCCCAGGCUGGGGAGUGGCCAUGGCAGGCCAGCAUUCAGCUGAAUGGCGUGCAUCGCUGUGGUGCAUCAAUCAUCAGCAACACAUGGCUUGUAACAGCAGCACACUGCUUCAGAGGAGUGAAGGACCCUCGUUUGUGGACUGCCAGCUUUGGGACUGUGAGAAGACCUCCUAAAGAGAGAAGAUCCAUCCAUAGCAUUAUUGUUCAUGAACGAUAUGCUGAUUAUCUUUAUAACCACGAGUAUGACAUUGCUGUCAUGAAGCUCGCCACUCCUCUGAGCUUCACAAGUGAAAUGCACAGUGUCUGCCUCCCAGAAUCAUUGCAGGUGUUUCCGGAGAACACCAGCUGUUUUGUCACAGGAUGGGGAGCUUUGCGGGAUGAUGGUCAAAGCGUUAAUCAACUACGGCAAGCAGAAGUGAAAAUCAUUGGCACUAAUACCUGCAACGGCAAGGAAGUAUACAAUGGAGCCAUAACACCUGGGAUGGUGUGUGCAGGAUACUUGGAGGGGAAAAUAGAUGCAUGUCAGGGUGACUCUGGUGGGCCACUGGUUACUCCAGAUUCUAGAGGCAUCUGGUACCUUGUGGGAAUUGUGAGCUGGGGAGAUGAAUGUGCCAAACCAAACAAGCCUGGAGUCUACACUCGAGUGACUUAUUAUCGGGACUGGAUUACUUCAAAAACUGGCCUGUAAAAUCCCAACUGCUGAGUGCCUGCACUGCUUCACCACAGAGCUGGUGGAGAACCAGCAGCCAUGGGUGUUAGACUGUUGCACUCCUCCAGAAACAGAAGAUGGCAUUAAAAGCCUGUCAGAACUGUGAAAAUUAAAUGAGACCUAGAAAACAACCUCGUUAGUCAAAGGGACAUUGAAGCUCUGACACAGGAAAGAGUUCUUCCUCCCUGCCAUCAGGAAGCAAAGAAGAGUCUGUGUCCCACAGCCAGCCACUGAACUGGAAUGGAGGUUGCAGCUCUCCCACCUAAAUCUGAUUACUAAAGCUCUGAAAAACCCAAACCCCUCCAGUUUGUGGCCCAGAUCCACCAAUCUUAAGCAGAGCUGAGCUCCUUCCCACCACUCAGCAGCAGAAUCAAGCCCAAGUCACUGAGCAUAUGUGCCAUACACUGGAUGUCCAUGGCUUAGCCAGAUGUUUACUGAUACCUCACCUUAACAAUACCCCGUGAGGAGGUGAGCUAUCACUUUCUAGGGAUCUAGCAUGUCACAGACUCAGUGGCCCCUCCCUAUGUACUUGAUCGGAAGAGAAAGAAAUUAGAGGAAAUGCCAGCCAAGAUCACUGACAGCUACAUCCAGUCCCGUGCAACCAGCCAGCAGCUACCUCAUCCAGACCAGCACUAGGACUUCAGCUUUGGAAGGUCCUCUUGUAUGGAGUCUCACCCAAGUCAAAAGAUCUCUAUAUACAGUAAAGGUCUCAGUGAAGGGCCAGAACUUCAGGGUGCAUCAUGUUCUCCAUAUGAUGUAGCAAUAAGACACUGACACUUUAAUACACUCCUUUGAUGGCUUCUGUCAUACAAUACAAUGACCUCCAGCCCAUGUAGCACAUGUUCUGAUAUGGUUUUAUGGUUUUUGGUGCUUGGUUUUAUGUUGGCUUGGUUUGUUCAGCCCAUCUAUGUGACUGUGGUUCUGUCAGCAGAACUUAGAGUAAGAAAUAUGUGGCAUAUUACAGACGUUUUGAAAUUGAGAUCCAAGAAGCAUAUCUCAGAAGCCAACAUCUGACUAGAAUAGUGAACCUACUGUAGGGAACCUUCUCUGAGAGUGUGAUCCAAAGUAGUUUGAGCCAGGAUUUUCAAGGAGCCAGAAGGAAUUGGGUAUUUGAAUUUUAGGGACUUUCAGUAUUAUCUGAACAAUUAGAUGCCUUCUGGUCCUUUGAAAAUGCCAGACUUCAUGGUUCCUGGGCACAGGUGAGUAGCUGCCCAAAGCCUUUUAUUUGCAUCUGUAAUUUUGCACCUGUAGGCACAAAAGUUAGAGGUAGUGUUGAGUCCCUUCACGAAACUGAUCUCUGAAAUAUUUCAUACUCAAUUAAAGGCUCACAUGAAAGGCAUUCUCCAAAGGACUAAAUAGUCACAUAGGUAUAAGGAUGAAACAGUCAUGGUCAAUGUUUCAAAAAGGAACCAAACAUUUUGAGCGCCCAGACUGAAACACCUAGGGCCUGAUUUUUUCCUGGUCACUAUGCGAGUCCCCACUGCUCCAGACAAAGUCAAUAGCAACUGUAAGGGUCAGGACUUCAUCUGUUGGACACCAAAAAUGUGAGGCUCUCCACUUUAGUAGCUUUAAUCAUGGGUCCUUACUGUAUAGUUUGAGCAAUAAGGUUAAUGUUAUUUUCAUGGCAAAUCUCCUGCUAAUGGCUGUUACUUUGGUUUGGGGUUCCAAGGUCUUGGUACUGCAAAGACACCGAGGAUGGUGAGUAGCCCCUGCAAAGUCAAAGCAGUAUCUCACAGUGCCUAA